CCAUACGGUCACACCGAAGGGAUGAAGUGCAAACAUUAGAUAAAGAUAAUUGCACAAUUAUUGGCACCUGCAGCCGGCGAACGCUGUAACGGAAUUCUCCGCAUUCAAAAGCCGAUGGCGCGCAUGGCCAAAAAGUUGGAGGAGAAAGCUUGGGCCCUAAAAUGGUCAGUUGGCCACCGUCCGUUGCAACAGCACCACAUUCCCGGAAAUAUGAACAGACCUACGUAAAUAUUGCAUGGGCUGUGCAUAUUUAAAUAUAGAUAUUAAAUAUAGACGCUAUGUGAGCCACUUGCAUUUCAAAGAGGACAACCGAAAGUAUUAUUCAAACAAUCCAAACCGAUGAGGAGUAGCCGGGAUUAUGGCUUCCUUGCGCGUGGUCAAUAGAAAUAGAUUAGUGUGCCGCUGCUUUGUGGCCCUUACGUUGCUGCUGGUCUUUUUUAACGAGUUCAUAGUGUACUACAUGGCCCAGUCCAGUUGGCAGCCAAUCGAUUGCAAACUAGAUAACUGCACGCGCCUGCUGCUCAUCGCUGAUCCACAGAUCCUGGGAAACUCCUACGAUAGGUCCUCGCACAGUCCCUUGGCCAGGUUCGAUUCGGACAGAUAUCUGGCAAAGACCUUCGAGCGAGCUCUUGCUUUCACGCAGCCCCACAUCAUAGUUUUCCUGGGCGAUCUGCUGGACGAGGGCAAUAUAGCCACGGCCCAGGAAUACAAGCAGUACGUUCAGCGAUUCAGGCGCAUCUACCAGAACAGGAACUAUAAAAAACGCGUCCAUGUGCCGGGUGACAAUGAUAUUGGCGGCGAGAAUGGCGAUUACAUAUCCAACUCGAACCAACGACGCUUCGAGAACGAGUUCAUGAGUGAGGACCUCUUUGACUAUGACAAUCGCUUGCGCUUCUUCAAGAUAAAUCGCAUGCUGCUGGACUUUACCAAUCCGGAUAGGGAUAACAAUGCAGAUCGGCUGAGGAUUGGCGUAUCGCAUGCCCCGCUGCUCAUCGGCGGCGGACCCUUGCUGAGAGCCAUCAUCAGUGACUUGGAUCCACAUAUCAUUUUCUCGGGCCACUGGCACGAAUCGAGAAUAUUUAUCUACCCCUCCACCAAGGUGAUAAACUUUUACGAGAACUCCGUGAGACACUUCGAUUUGAAGGCCCUGAAAGAGCAAGAGCAUAGCUAUCUGGAGAUCAUGGUGCCAACCUGUUCCUAUCGCAUGGGAAAGUCCAAAAUCGGCAUGGGCUAUGCGGUGCUAGAAAACUUCAACCUGAGCUACACCGUUCUGUGGCAGCCAAAUCGCUUCGUUCUGCUCUUUACCUAUGUCUUCUGGGGCCUGUUCGUAUUCUGCGGAGCCGUCGUCUUUAAGAUGAUGACCCGCUGCCCUUUCCGCGUGGCCAAACGACAGACGCUCUACAACCGCGUCUCGACCAUACCUCAAUUUUAGACUGCAUUUCCCUCUCCUCUCGGACAAUAAGCCCAAGAUUCUCAAGAAUUGCUCGAAUACCCAUUAAAGAUAAGAGUGAAAUUGUA